CGGGGCGAGGGCCAGGGGAGGAGGCGGGGAGGCGCCGCGCGGGUCGCCGCCUGGGGCUGGGGAACUCGAGCGAGCCAUGGGGGCGCAGCUGAGCACCUUAGGAAGAAUUGUGGUCUAUCCGGUAUGGUUUGUAUACAGUUUGAUUGUCAGACUUUUCCGGAAGUCUCAGCCAGCCAUUACCCUGGAGAAUCCAGAUGUGAAAUACCCAUUAAGGCUGAUUGACAAGGAGGAAAUUAGCCAUGAUACAAGAAGAUUUCGUUUUGCCCUUCCAAGUCCAGAGCACAUUCUAGGCCUUCCGGUUGGGCAGCAUAUUUACCUUUCUGCAAGGAUUGAUGGGAAUCUGGUAAUCAGACCCUACACACCAGUCUCCAGUGAUGAUGACAAAGGUUAUGUGGAUCUUGUCGUAAAGAUUUAUUUCAAAGGUGUUAACCCAAAAUUCCCUGAAGGAGGGAAAAUGUCCCAGUACUUGGAACACUUAAAGAUGCAGGACACAAUUGAUUUCCGUGGGCCCAGUGGACUACUAAAGUACAAAGGAAAAGGAGUAUUUGCCAUUCAGCCAGACAAGAAGUCUGAACCAGUAAUUAAAUAUGCAAAGCGUGUUGGGAUGAUUGCAGGUGGAACAGGAAUUACACCAAUGCUGCAAUUCAUUAGAGCUGUUGUGAAAGACAAAGAUGAUCCCACCAUCUGUUACUUACUGUUUGCCAACCAGACUGAGCAAGAUAUCUUGUUACGCCCAGAAUUAGAAGAAAUACAGGCUCAGAAUUCAAGCCGCUUUAAGCUGUGGUACACUCUGGAUAGAGCAUCUGAAGAUUGGAAUUACAGCCAAGGGUUUGUGAACCACGAGAUGAUCAAGGACCACAUGCCUCCUCCAGAAGACGACGUUCUCAUCCUGAUGUGUGGCCCUCCUCCAAUGAUCCAAUACGCUUGUAUGCCUAACCUAGAAAAACUGGGAUAUGCCAAGAAAGCAAUAUUUGCUUACUAAAAUGGAUUGUCGAUAAGGUGAAGAGAAAUGUGUUAAGUAGGAGAAAGGGGAAGGAAAAGCUUCGGAUAAUGGGGAGCAAAAUUGGGCUGAGUAUUAGUGCAAAGCUACCUUCAGAGGGCUUCUCAGUUAUCUAUGAGAGUUAAGUGUUUUAUUCAGGUCAUACCAAAAAUCCUGUAGAUGACUGUCUAUGGUAGUUUGCUUUGCUUCAUUUAACCAGUUUUUAUAAAGACCACUGAAUUACGUCCAACUCUUUCCUCAUGGGGUUCAACUCAACGUAGCCAGGCUGCUGUAUCACCAGAGAGUUUUUCUUAAGAGCACUUGUGUCUGAUAUCCAGGUGGAAAGCACAUCUGUGCAGAAAGCAUUUUGUUUGUUGUUGCUGUCUGAUUGCUACAGUGGGGAAGUUGGAAAGAGCUAUACUAAACACACGUGUCAGUCAUGCAGCAUUUUUGUAUUGCCUUUUUUGCAAUGACUGCAAACUACCUGAUAGAAUUUGUUAAUGCAUACAAAAUACGCACAGGUUUUAUAUGUAUUUGCUUUACAUUAAUAUUUUCUGAGCAUGCAGAGAUGAUUAUUGCCUUGUUAGAUAUUUGUGUUUGAAGUUUGUUGUUUCGCAGAUUCUUCCUUUACUACUUCAUUCCCACUGCAAAGCACAGAGAGCAUUUGGAAAUGCUGGGCUUUGUACAUGUGUAUUCCUUGGGUGGGUGGGGGGAUUGCUUUCAGUUGUAUUUGGGUUCAGCAUCACGUUCUACCCAAGAUUCCUAAUGUUAAUGACGAUGCCAAAAAACUUCAUUGGUAAGAACUUCAGAUAUCAUGUAUGCUUUAAAUUAGUCCUUCCCUAUAGUAAUAAUUAACGGUGGGGUUCAACUUGUAAAGAAAACUUGCUUUGGCACACUUUUCCAAAAUGAUCUGUAAUGAUCCUAUGAAAAUGAACAGAUAUAUGUUAGGGUCUUCCCAGGCUUCCUUAUCUUUGUAAUCAGGUUAGGACUACGUGAGCUGUGAAGGGCUCUGGGUCAGUCUGUAUUGGAGAAAGGCUGGUCCAGAUACUGGCAGGGCACUAGUGGAAUUUCCCUUCAUUCCAGUGUGGGUUGCACAGAUGUUCUUGGUCAGAGUGAGCCAAUUAAUUAUCGUUGGCAUUUAGAGUGUAUACUCUCUCUAUUCAAAUUAGUAAUUAAUAACAAUAGCAUGUGUACAUGUAUAUUGUGCAUGUAUAAAUGUGCUUAAAUGGCUUUAAUAUGCUAAAAUCCUUAUAUUAAAAUCCUUUAAUAAAAACUUUAAUAUAAGUUAAAAUCCUUAUAUUAAAAUCCUUUAAUAAAAAGCUUUAAUAUAAGUUAAAAUCCUUUUUUGUAUUUGAUCAGGCUGAAUGCAGUUUCAACACACAGAAGUUCAGUUAACUCCCCCCUUCCCAAACCAGAUUUCAAAAUAACUUGUUUAAAAGAAAUUUCAGGGGACCUCAGGUACUUCCCACAAGAUCUUAGAUAAACUUUUAGUUAAAUUAAGAAUCAGCAAUUAUUAAUAGAUGUCCAGCCCAAAUCAGCACUGUUUUCCUUUCAGAGUUCCUCCUUAGCACUCAUAAGUUUCUGGUAAGCCCCAAGUAAACCUCCCUCCUCCUCCCCAACCUCACAACAUCCAUCAGCUAAAGAAUAUAUGAAAAUCUAUAUUAUAUAUACAUUUACCCUCAAAAUCCAGGCCACUCCUGCUAAUAGGCAAAGCCAUGUGAUCUUUGCCAAUGCCCUUUGACACUAAUAACGCUCAGACAGUAAUAAAACUUGUUUUUGACUUUCCAUGAAUUGGAUACCAAUCAGUCACCAAUUUUAUAUCUUCAGCAUUCUGUUAGAUUUCUCCAAGGUCCCGUAUCUGAAAAUAAACUGAUCUUAUGACCAGCAGAUGUUAUGUUAGGCCUGCAGGUGGAAAGGGCCCACGGAGAGACAGCUGCGAUCUGGUCUCCCUGAGCAAUGCCGAUAUAGACCAACUGAAAAGGGAUGAGUACUUGGAAUGUGACCUUGAUGGGAAGUCACACUGAGGCCUGAGAAUGGACUUUAUAUUAAUUCAAAAGACUUCUGGCGGAUGCGGGAGAAAGGGGAACUGUUAAUUUGCCUGAUAACGUUUGAUUCAUUUAAGUCUAGCAAGACCUGGUCUUGCCAAUGCAUGCCAUUAAUGUCUGCUUCAAGCCCUCAUCAUUAAAAGCUUAUUUUGAACCAA